ACAUAUCUUCGCUGAAUGCGACUCACACAAAUUGCAUGUACUAACGAUCCGUUAAAAGCAACAUGGCUGGAAGUUUUUAGCAAAAAAGUCGACAUUUAAGAAGACAACCUACGUUAAUCAGAAAAUUCAAAAAUCAGCUCACCGUUUUUAAGGAUUUAUCCUUCGACUAUAUACAAACCUAAAGAAUUGUGUUGAAAUCAUCAAGAUGGUAGAGCUCAAAUUUCUUGGUAUGGAUUUUGGUUGUGUAAUGGGAUCCCUUAGCAAAGGUGAUUUUCCAGAAAAAGAUUGUUUGCUUCCCUUAAUAUCCAAGCUCCUGGGCUACGCCAUUGUUGCUGCCUCCACCACUGUUAAACUUCCUCAGAUAUUAAAAAUUUUGCAGCACAAAAGUGUUAGAGGGCUUAGUGUUGUGAGCUUUGAGCUAGAAGUAACUGGUUAUACCAUUGCUUUAGCAUAUUGCCUUCACAAAGGACUUCCAUUUUCAGCUUUUGGAGAGUAUGUUUUUCUUUUGAUUCAAGCUAUCAUUUUGGUUGCGAUCAUCUAUUAUUUUUCUCAGCCUUUGGGAACAAAGACAUGGAUUAGAGCAUUACUAUAUUUUGCUGUAGCUCCAACUCUUUUGGCAGGUCAAAUUGAUCCAAUCCUUUUUGAGGCCUUAUAUGCCUCUCAGCAUGCAAUUUUUCUUUUUGCAAGGAUUCCACAGAUCUGGAAGAAUUUUAAGAACAGAAGUACUGGGGAGCUAAGCUUUUUAACCUUUUUUAUGAACUUUGGUGGUUCCAUGGUUAGAGUGUUUACCAGCCUACAAGAGAAAGCUCCAAUGAGUGUUGUCAUGGGAUCUGUGAUUGGUAUACUGAUGAAUGGUACCAUCUUGAGUCAAAUUCUCUUGUAUCCAGCACCAGCACCAGCACCUAAGAAAGGGAAGAAGACAGAUUAGAAGUUUCAGCUUGGUAUGCUGGGAAUGGCUUUGCUACUUCUUUCUCCGGCACCAUGGAGCUCAAUGCAAGGAUACUCGAGCAUGAAUACUGUCCUUCAUUUGCCCAUGUCAUCUACUAAAGUAUCUGACAUCGAUUUGCCUAGUUCAAAAUUUAGGGUGUUUCGCAAAUUUACUUCAAAACUAGUCCUCUUGAAUUUUUAGUUGUCAACUAUACAUGAGUCAUGAAUAGAGUAGUUCAUUUAUACAUGUGAUUCCCCUGAGAAUCUGUCAUAGAUUUGCUUAGUUCAAAAUAUAGAUUGAUCCAUGUCCAAAUUAAACUUCAA